UGCUUCGGUCAUUUUGUUCUGUCAAAUGUCUGUUCAGCAAUCUCCAAACGUGUGCCCAACAUAUUUUACCGGAAUAACCGACGAAUUAACAACAUACAAUGCCGUCAGCUGAAGAAGUGAAAUCCAGUUGGGCCGAUGAGGUCGAAUUGGAGGGCGGAACGUCGCUGCCACCGUCCACCGAAGUCUACGAGAACGGAUUCAAGAUCGUCACCGAGUACAAGAUCAACGACGACAACAAAAAAGUGAAAAUCGUGCGCACGUACAAGAUCGAAAGGAGGAUCGUGUCGAAACAGAUUGCGGUCAGGAAGACGUGGAAGAAGUUUGGUGAGUCUGCCAACGAUAAACCGGGACCAAAUCCUGCCACCACAAUUGUUGGGGAAGAUGUUUAUAUGCAGUACAUCACCAGUAAGGAGGAAGACAACAAGCCAGAAGAAGAUGGUCUAGAUAAGCUCAAAGCUUUGGGAGACAAGAAUGUGGUUAAGUGUCGUACAUGUAAUGGAGAGCAUUGGACCUCUAAGUGCCCCUACAAAGACACCACGCUGGGCGGUGGCAAAAUCCCAGAUGACAAGAAACCAGCACUUGGAGCACCAGGUGAGGCUAACAAACCAGGCGUUACCAAGUACAUUCCACCAGGCAUGAGGGAGGGAGCAUCCAAACGACCAGAAGGCUCAAACAUGCAGAGGAGGGAAGAUCAAACAGCUAUCAGGAUAUCCAAUCUGAGUAAUAACACAACUGAUCAGGAUCUGGAAGAUCUGGUUAAGAGAUUUGGACCUAUAUUGAAGAUAUAUUUGGCCAAGGAUAAACAAACCAACCAAUGCAAAGGUUAUGCGUAUGUUCAUUAUAAGUUUAGGAUGGAUGCAGCUGAAGCUAUUGCCAGGUUAAAUGGACAUGGUUAUGAUCACCUGAUUCUUUCAGUUGACUGGUCAAAGCCACAGAAUUCUAAUCAGUAGAUUAAUUUUAUAAUAAUACAUCCCUUUUAAUCAACAUAUGUGGAAUGUUGCCCUUUGACACUAAUACUAAUUGAUAUUUUAUACUUUUGCUAAAACAGAGUUGAUUCCAAAAAUGUAAAUAUAAUCCACUCCUGUAUCUAUUGAUUCAUUCAAAAAAUAAUUUAAAUAUAUUAAACAUAUAUUUAUAAUAUUACAUCUAUAUUAUUUAACAGUCGAUUACCGUUAGUGUCAAUAGGUUUUUUUAAAGGAUACAUAAUAGUUUUUUAUUACAAAAAAGAAGAAAAAUUUGUUUUGUUCAAACAGUGCUGGAAAUUAUUUGAAAAUAGUUUUUAGCACAGAAAAAAUGCGUUAUAUUCUGUAAGAAAUAAACGUAUAUUAUAUAAA